AUGGUGGAAAUAAUGAACUGGGAAAUAGUAAUUGGGAUAGAAACUCAUGCGCAAGUUAUAUCACAAAGCAAAUUAUUCUCUACAUCCAGAAACAAUUUUGGUGAUGAGGCAAAUGAAAAUGUUAAUAUGUUAGAUGCUGCAUUACCUGGACAAUUACCAGUAUUAAAUGAAUUUUGUGUCAAACAAGCGAUCAAGACAGCGCUUGGGAUUAAUGCGACAGUAAGCAAAGUUUCUAUUUUUGAUCGUAAGCAUUAUUUUUACCCAGACCUACCACCUGGAUAUCAAAUAACUCAAUUUUAUCAACCAAUUGCAAGAAAUGGUUAUAUAUUAAUUGAGGAUUCGAAUGGCAAAGAGAAAAAAAUCAACAUUUCCAGCAUGCAUCUAGAGCAAGAUGCUGGGAAGUUAAUAAUCAAAGACAGCAAAACAUUAUUAGAUCUAAAUCGAGCAGGAUGUGCUUUAAUGGAGAUUGUUUCUGCUCCUGACAUGAGAUCUAUUGAUGAAGCAGUUUCUUAUGUUGAGAAGCUAAGAAACAUUCUUGUAUAUUUAGGAACCUGUGAUGGAAACAUGCAAGAAGGGUCAUUCAGGACUGAUGUAAAUGUUUCUAUUCGCAAACAAGGUGAGGAAAAAUUUGGUACCAGAUGUGAGAUCAAAAAUCUGAAUUCAAUUCGUUUCAUGAGAAAAGCGAUAAAGUAUGAAGUUGAAAGACAGAUCAACCUACUUGAGGAAGGAAAUGAAGUAAUUCAGCAAACGAUGCUUUUUGAUGAGGCAACUGGGGAAACAAAGCCGAUGAGAUCAAAAGCAGAUGCUGUAGAUUACAUGUAUUUCAAUGACCCUGACCUACCAAAUCUAAUAGUUUCUCAAGAGGAGAUUGAUUUAAUUAAUUCAACAAUUCCCGAGCUACCUGACGAGAAAAAGUCACGUUUUAUAAUGGAAUACAAUCUAACUUCACAAGAUUCAUCAAUUCUUACCAAGGAGAAAGAAGUUGCUGAUUUUUUUGAAAAGAAAACAAUCUAA